AUGGCGGUCGCCGCACAUCUUGGCCGUCCAUCGAGGGAUCUGCAGAACCAACGCUGGGAAAACUGGAAGCAGGCACAGCAACAGGAAGGCCGCUACCCGGCUUCCAGAGCAACCGCAACCACAACCGCCACUCUUCAGACGGGGAUUCUAAAUCGGGAUAGCAAACUGGAACCCCCUUCGGCCAACACAUCGAAUAAUCUUAAUCUUAUUGCUCCAUCGAGUAGCAGCCAAUAA